AUGGUGUCUAUGGUCGAGACCUCCAUCUCGAACCACAAUGAUAUGGCCAUGGACCAGGUCGCCCCUAAGUCAGAGCCCCUAAACGAGGGCUCGAUCAGCUCUGCUGUAUCGACCCCCGAUCCCGAGGGCGAGGUCUUGACGCAAGACGUCGCCCAAACGCAAAAGCGAAAGGGUGGAAGAAAACCUAUCUAUGCGACCUCUGAGGAGCGGAAACAACGCAAUCGCCAGGCUCAGGCCGCGUUCCGCGAGCGUCGCACAGAGUACAUCCGCCAGCUCGAGUCAACAAUUAAGCGGAAUGAAGAGUCCCUGCAGACCCUGCAGCAGAAUCAUCGUACCGCUGCCGAUGAGUGCUUGAUGCUGCGUUACAAGAAUUCUCUCCUCGAGCGCAUCCUCCUUGAAAAGGGAAUUGAUGUCCAGGCAGAGCUGCGCCUGAAGACUGGUGCCCCCAACGGUCCAGGCCCCGGGAAGCCAAGCCCUAUAGCUACAAAGGCUCCGUCACUGCAGCAAGCUGCGAUCAGCCGGAGCUCGGCGCAGAGGCAUCCUAUCGGCCUCGCUCCCAAAGAACCUUUCAGUGUCCCUCAGUCGCGAGAUGGAGGCUUCGGUAUACCGUCACCUCAAUUCCAAGCUACGCCUCCAUCUCAUGUCUCGUCGCCGUCACACACCAAGUCUCCGGGAUUCGGCUUUCAGGGAGCAAUGUCACCUGUUGGUGUCGAUCCUCAAGCCCAGCACACCCGCCCUCAGAUGAUUUCUCACUCGAGGAACAUCAGCCAAACUUCUCCACCCAUGAGCGUAGGCCAGCCAGAUACGUCCGACCCGAAAUCGGCUGUGUCAGCUGGUAUGGGCUCUCGGGCUUCGCGCCUCCCUUCGGCAUACUAUCCUUCACCAUUCCAAAAACAUUAUGACCAAUUAGAGCAAGAAUAUGAUGCACAAGCGGACAUGAUUGACGAUGAGCACGAAUCAUCCGUGGGAACUUCCCCUUUCGUACCUGGGUUUAAUCACACCAGCUCAGUCGCGAAUGCCCCUCAUGCUAUGAACGCCCACGGACUAAAUCCCUACAACCACCCCUCUAGCGGGGAAGGGGUUAACGGGGCGUACGGCAAUACGAACGCCAUUUUGGGGAAUUAUGAACCGAUGCUAGAUUCCGACCCGUUUGGACUGAGUGCUAGCAUGCACUUCCAGACCCCAUUCAGCUACGAGCAAAGUAAUGCACGUCAAUGA